UAUAGUCUCCGAUGUGCAGUCCAAUCCAGCGUGUACCCCGCAGGGUCGCAGAGAACACAAGCUGCCGGUAGAUCUAGUAACUCUAUGUUGGCCAAAAGAUCAGCAGCACGGGCACGCAGCUAGCCAACCAUGGCUGUCGGCGAGGGGGAGCAGCAGCCGUUGCACAUCCUCUUCUUCCCGUUUAUCGCGCACGGCCACCUCAUCCCGGUGGCCGACAUGGCCGCGCUUUUCGCCGCCCGCGGCGUUCGGUGUACCAUCCUCACCACCCCCGUCAACGCCGCCGUCAUCCGUUCAGCCGUGGACCGUGCCAACGAUGCCUCCCGUGGCACCGGCUCACCGGAGAUCAGCAUCACGCUCUUCCCCUUCCCCGACGUCGGGCUCCCGCCGGGCGUCGAGAGCGUUCCGGGCAUCUCCUCCAAAGCCGAACAAGAGAAGAUAGCCGAAGCGUUCCUGCGGUUUCGCGAGCCGUUCGACCGGUUCUUGGCCGAGCACCACACCGACGCCGUCGUGGUCGACAGCUUCUUCCACUGGUCCUCGGACGCCGCCGCGGACCACGGUGUCCCGCGCCUGGCGUUCCUCGGCAGCAGCCUGUUCGCGCGGGCCUGCAGCGACAGCAUGCUGCGCCACAACCCGGUGGAGGCCUCCCCCGACGACCCCGACGCCGUCGUGUCCCUGCCGGACCUGCCGCACCGCGUCGAGCUGAGGCGGAGCCAGAUGAUGGACCCCAGGGAGCGGGAGGGCGAGUGGGCCUUCCUCCAGCUCGUGAACGCCGCGGACCAGAGGAGCUUCGGCGAGCUGUUCAACAGCUUCCGCGAGAUGGAGCCGGACUACGUCGAGCACUACCACACGAAGCUCGGUCGCCGCGCGUGGCUCCUCGGGCCGGUGGCGCUCGCCGCCGGCAAGGGCAUGGCGGAGAGGCAGGACACGGACACCGACUCCGGCCGCCUCUCGCCCGACGAGGAACGCUGCCUGCGGUGGCUCGACGGGAAGGCGGCCGGCUCUGUCGUCUACAUCUCCUUCGGCACGAUCGCCCGUCUAUUGGCGGCGGAGCUGACGGAGAUCGCCCGCGCCCUGCAACUCUCCGGCAAGAACUUCCUGUGGAUCAUCACCCGCGAGGACACCGACGCAUCGGAGUGGAUGCCCGAAGGCUUCGCCGAUCUGAUGGCGCGCGGCGAGCGCGGCCUCGUCGUCCGGGGCUGGGCGCCGCAGGUGCUCGUCCUGAACCACCCCGCCGUCGGCGGGUUCGUCACGCACUGCGGGUGGAACUCCGUGCUGGAAGCCGUGAGCGCUGGCGUGCCGAUGGUGGCGUGGCCGCGUUACACCGACCAGUUCUACAACGAGAAGCUCAUCGUUGAGAUGCUUAAGGUCGGCGUCGGGGUCGGCGCCAGGGAGUUCGCGUCGUUCAUUGACCAUCGGAGCCAGGUGAUUGCCGGCGAGGUGAUCGCGGAAGCCAUCGGGAGAGUGAUGGGUGAAGGCGAGGAAGGCGAGGCGAUGAGGAAAAAGGUCAAGGAGCUCCGCGAGAAGGCGAGGAGCGCGGUGAAGGAGGGCGGCUCUUCCUACGACGAUGCCGGACGGCUGUUGGAUGAGCUGAUGGCUCGCCGGAGCUCCGGCACGUCGUGAGAUUGCAUCCGGGCGGUCGCCGGUCGAUACAUGAUAUAAUGAAAUAAUGACCGGACAGCUCUGAUGGUUAGUUGGUUACUGAGGCGAUUUCAUCGUCUUAGGCCUAACAGCAUGUAUUUUCUCCCGUACAAUACAUUUGUCAUUUGGUGAUGGGCAUGUUAAUGAUGGCUUAGACUAUACUAUACUAUACUACUCUGAAGCAAAUUCUCUAGUA